AUGGCUACUCCGCAACCCCCUCUGCGGUUCACCUCCCAUCGCCAGCUUGCACUCCGCCUUGUUCUCUCGACCCUCACUGGGCGUCCGGUUCAUAUAUCUCAAAUCCGGCCGUCCGAUCCCAUCCAUACGGGGCUUGCUCCCCAUGAGAUUUCAUUUCUACGACUCCUCGAAGCUGUUACCAAUGGCUCACACAUGGAAAUUUCCUACACUGGAACCAUCGUUCUCUACAAACCGGGGCUUAUAACAGGGAGCGCACCCGGGUCUGGUGCAAGCGGGGGUGUGAUAAAGCAUGAGAUCCCUUCCAACUGUGCUCGCGGCAUUAGUUAUUUCUUAUUACCAAUGUGCCUCCUUGCGCCAUUCUCCAAAGCACAGUUUAAUAUCCUCUUCACCGGUCCUGGUGUCAUUACCUCCUCCACCCCAACCGGCGAUAUGUCUGUCGAUAGUGUGCGGACUGCUAUUCUUCCGUUAUUUUCUCAAUUUGGCAUUUUCAACAAUAUCGAGCUGCGUGUGUUGAAACGGUCAAAUCCCGGCCCAAAUGGAAAAGGUGGAGGAGGAGAGGUUCAGCUGGUGUUCGGUCACCAGGUUCGACUUCCGAAGACGCUACACUUGCUAAACCCCGGUAGAAUAAAGAAAAUACGUGGUGUGGCAUAUGCUGUAGGCGUAUCUGGAUCUCAUAACGCCAGGAUGAUUGAAGUUGCGAGAGGCAUCCUGAACCCCCUUUGCCCCGAUACCUAUGUGUUUUCAGACGUCUCUUCGGCGCCUUUAGUCGCUGCACCGACCAGAGAUAACCCUUCUAACAAAAAGAAGAUGGGCCUUGGGUUUGGGCUGUCUUUAGUCGCUGAGUCCUCCACGGGUUGUUUAUUUUCCGCUGAUGUGGCCUCGUUACCCACCGGUGGGGAACCCCCAGAAGAUAUCGGGAAACGGUGUGCGUACCAACUCCUAGAGUCCGUCUCAGUGGGUGGAUGUGUCUCGAAGGCUGCGGCUCCAACGAUGAUAACGCUGAUGGCGAUGGGCUCUGAAGACGUAGGAAGACUGCAAGUGGGAAGGGAUGUCAUCGCGGAUGAGUCCAUGGUCCAGUUCGCCAGGGACCUAAAUAAAUUCGGUACUCCUGGGUGGGGAAUCAGGGACGCACCUGGAGAAAAUGACUCAGGGGACGUGAUCAUUAGCGUUGUUGGCAGAGGAAUAGGAAAUGUUGGGCGGAAGAUUGCCUGA